AUUUCAUUAAGUUUAAAAACAGUGACAUGAAUUUUAGCACUAGAAAAUCAUUUUAUAGAAUCAUCUUAGCAUUUAAGCAUCCUAUUAAAUCCUAUAAAAAAGUAUUGAAGACAUACCCAGUGUUGGUGCAAUCACUACAGACGGGUCUUUUGUAUGGAUGUAGUGACGUAUUAGCGCAACGCUUUGUUGAGAAAGCUCCGUUGACUAAUAUUGACACGAGAAGGUGCCUUAUUUUUGCAACGGCUGGAGCCAUCUACACAGGCCCCAUUGUCACAUUAUGGUAUAGACUCCUUGCCAGAAAGAUUGGCACUACAGGCAAUCUUGUAACUAUUAAAAAAGUAAUCAUCGAUCAAUUUGUUUUCGUACCAUUCUUCCAUUUCGGCUUGCUGACCACACUUAACACUUUACAUGGUCACAACAUUAAAGUCCUUAAUGAUCAAUUGAGAUUAAAAUAUUUAGAUAUACUUUUUGCAAGUGUUCGAUUGUGGCCCAUUGUACAAUUGAUUAAUUUUAGGUUUACACCUUUAAACUAUCAAGUUUUAGUGAGCCAGAGUAUUGCGUUAUUUUGGAAUGUUUACAUAUCUUGGAAAACUCAACAAGGCAUUAAUAAAAACACAAGUAGUAAACAUAAGGACACGGACAAAUGUAUUUUACUGUCGAAAGCUGUUUAAAAGAUUAACGUUUAGAAAAAGUCAAGCUUCAUAAUUUACACAAUAAUGUAUGACUAAAUCUAAAUUAAUAAGAUUCUUGUUUUUUGACUAUUUUACUAUUUUAAACGUUUAGACCAAAUACUG